GCCCAGCACAGGCCACGGCCUGAGCCCCAUGGAGAACUGGGGCCUCGCUGGGCCUGCUCCCCUGACAGCCUGGGGCUGGCUGCCAAGUCCAGGGGCUUCGGGAGCACGGCUCCAAGAAGCCUACUGAACCGAAACUCUUCAGGGACCAGCAUCAGAAACCGUGCUCCUGGCUCCCGCCCCUCUUCCUCAGCCCACAGGCAGUCACCUGCCAAGACUUUCCCAUAUGAACUGCCGGGGCUUCUGGAAUCCUCUCAGGCCCCUCCACUUGUGCUGUGCCUGACCUUCUCCAGGCCCUUAGUUCCCUCUGGCCUGGAUCCUGCAGGUGACAGGCUGCGUUGAGCAAGGAGAGUCACCUCUUCUGGCCACAUGAGUGCAGGUUCCCAACCACAAGCACCAAAGCAGAGGGGCAGGCAGCACGCCGCUUGGCAGCUAGAGUACCAGCCCAGCCAUGGUCCUUGAGAUGAGAGAACGCCAAGAGUUCCAAGCCUCUGACUUUGCCUUGCUCCUGGGAAACUCUUCCUAUGACUACGGAGAAAACGAGAGCGACUCUUGCUGUGCCUCCCCUCCCUGCCCGCAGGACUUGAGCCUCAACUUCGACCGGGCCUUCCUGCCAGCCCUCUACAGCCUCCUCUUUGUGCUGGGGCUGCUGGGCAACGGCGCAGUGGCAGCCGUGCUGCUGAGCCAGCGGGCAGUCCUGAGCAGCACCGACACCUUCCUGCUGCACUUGGCCCUGGCCGACGCGCUGCUGGUGCUGACGCUCCCGCUCUGGGCGGUGGACGCGGCCAUCCAGUGGGUCUUCGGCUCCGGCCUCUGCAAAGUGGCCAGUGCCCUCUUCAACAUCAACUUCUACGCGGGGGCCCUCCUGCUGGCCUGUAUCAGCUUCGAUCGGUACCUGAGCAUUGUGCACGCCACCCAGCUCUACCGCCGGGGGCCCCCAGGCCGUGUGGUCCUCACCUGCAUGGCAGUCUGGGGGAUCUGCCUGCUCCUGGCACUCCCAGAUUUCAUUUUCCUGUCGGCCCAUCGCGAUGAGCGCCUCAACGCCACCCUCUGCCAGUACAACUUCCCGCAGGUGGGCCGCACGGCCCUGCGCGUCCUACAGCUGGUCGCCGGUUUCCUGCUGCCCCUGCUGGUCAUGGCCUAUUGCUACGCCCGCAUCCUGGCCGUGCUGCUGGUCUCCAGGGGCCAGCGGCGGCUCAGAGCCAUGCGACUGGUGGUGGUGGUGGUGGUGGCCUUUGCCCUCUGCUGGACCCCUUACCACCUGGUAGUGCUGGUGGACAUCCUCAUGGACCUGGGGGCCUUGGCCCGCAACUGUGGCCGAGAAAGCAGUGUGGACAUAGCCAAGUCGGUCACGUCAGGCCUGGGCUAUAUGCACUGCUGCCUCAACCCCCUGCUCUACGCCUUCGUGGGCGUCAAGUUCCGAGAGCGCAUGUGGAUGCUACUCAUGCGCCUGGGCUGCCCCAACCAGAGGUGCCACCAGCGGCAGCCAUCAGCUGCCCGCCGGGAGUCAUCAUGGUCUGAGACCACAGAGGCCUCCUACUCAGGCUUGUGAGGCUGGGAUGGGGGCAAGCCUUUCACCACACAGCCUGACUCCCCCCCCCCCCCCCACAUUCCAGGCUCCUCUCUCGCUCACUUCCCAAACAAACACUCCUGGGCAGCCCUGGAUGGCCCCAGUACAACCGGGUAUCUCAGGGAGCUGCCCUCCUUGCUCUGGGGGCUGCAGCAUCACUGUUCCUUAGCUGCCGAGCCCCAUCCUGCUAUUUCAGAGGUGGCUGCCUUGAGGCCCUUCUUAACCUUGGCCGCACAGAACCCAACCACCCUCCUAAUUCAAUACAUAGUCCUCGGCCUUCCCCAUCCGCAGGGAGCACAAGGCCAACUGCAUCAUAGCAGCCGCCUCUGCCAGGCCUGGGCCCAGGCCUCCUGCUCAGCAGUGACUAUGGCUGUGGUCCUCGAGACCCCCUGUAUUUGCUCACAUUUGGUUUUAUGUCUAAAAUUCUGCUUCUAAUAAACAAGCUUUCAAUAAACAAGCUGGUCAGGACCAGGGUGUUAGGAGUGCAUUAUUACAGCUGGCCCUUCCCGGGCUCUAGGGAGGCACUUCCUGCUUCUCCUUGCCUGGCCCCGGGUCUGGACCAAUCAACGCUGCUUGUGUUAAUGUCUCUGUCUUGUGUUAAUGUCCUCUCUGCCCUCCUGGGCACGUCAUGGGGAAGCACCCUGGUACAUGGGUGCAGGGUAAGCAGUUAGUCAACUGGCUGGCUAGACACUGCCUUGGCAUAAUUUGGGGACAGGGCCUUCAGACAUAACUAAGACAUUGUCCCUGCACUCCAGAAGCUUAGGACAUUAAGGAAGAUGUGGUAAGGGACAAUAUCAGCAGUCUAUGCCACGAGGCAAAUGCGUGACACAUGCUCAGAGCACUGUGGCUGGAGCCCUUUUGAAAUCUUGAAGACAGAGAAAUGGACAGACCUUAAAGGAUGAGUGGUAUUGCCAAGGGCAAAGAGAAGGAAAGAUGGUCUCUCCAGGGAGGUGGGAGAGCAGAAGCAAAGGUGGGAAGGCCAAAAACAGAAAUGCUUAGUGGAGGAAUGUUUUAUGUGGUCCCAACUGGCUAGAACUAAGGCCUCAGGUAGGGGAAGGGUUGAAAAUAAGACUGAAAGUUCGCUUGGGAUCAGGUGAACAUAUCAUAGAGACCAGUUAGAAGGCUGUGGUGGUUAUUCAGGUUAGAAGUGAUGCAGGCUCUUACUAAGGAAAUAGCAGUGGGACUUGAAAAAAAAACAAACAAGAUUGGACAACUUGCCAACAGUCAUUAGCACGUGGGCCACCUGCAGGCAUGUGUGGGCUGCAGGGAGCAGUUUCCCAUGGCUAUAGGUGCAGUGGACAUGAGUGCAGGAAAUGACAAGAGCUCCCCAGAAAGGCAGGUGACGGGGCUGCUGAGUUAAGGCAGAGGGAUCAGUCCUCCCUUUGCAGGGGUGGGAGAACGGUACUGUCAGUUCUCCCUACUUAAGUCACCAAUGUGCCAUGAUCCAGUUUCACAGGCCAACUGGGCCUUUGCUGAGACAGCAGAUAUGGCUGGAGGUGGGACUGGAAAGGAGGGACCCAAGGAUUUAGCUGGGGAAGCUCAUACUACCCUGUGUACAUACCUCAUCCCGUCUAGACUUGUGGUUAGGCUUCAGUUUGUUGCCACUUAUGCAUCUGCAAGAUGAAGGAAGGAUGGAAGGAAGGAAGAUGACAGAAUAACACAUCCUGCUUAUAAAAAGUUAUCAGCGAUGCUAGACUAGUAAAGAUGUUUGCGGUCAGGUCCCCAGAUGUCCACACUCCAAUCCCCAGAAUUUGUGAAUAUGUUACCUUACAGGGCAAAAGGGAAUUGAGGUUGCUAAUCAGUUGACCUUAAAAGAAGAUUCUCCUGGAUGAUCCAGGUGAGCUCAACAUUAUUGCAACAGUCUUUAAAAAUGAAAGAGGGAGGCAGAAGGGGAGAAGUCAGAGGAAGAGAUGUUGCUGGCUUUGAAGAUAGGGGAAGGAGGCAACAGACCAAGGAAUGCAGGCAGCCCCAAGAAGCUGGAAAGACGAGGAAAUGGAUUAACCCCAGGGCCUCCAGAAAGGAAUGCAGCCCUGCUCACAACUUGAUUUUGGACCUCUGAGGUCUGCACCAAACUUCUGACCUACUGAGCUGUAAAAUUAAUAUAUUUGGGUUGUUUUAAGUUGCCAAGCUCACAGUAAUUUGUUAGGGCAGAAAUUGGAAACAAAUAAAAUGUUGAUUCCAGCCUACAUCCCAGAUAGCUCCCCAAACAGGGGAAGGUUGCUGAAGUGCUAAUGGGCAGUCACAGAUAUCCGAGAGCCACCCAAAAUGGAGAGGGCUCUCAUCCAGACACAUCCUAGAGAGCUUCUGAUGUCGGGGGUCUUGGACAAAAGACCCCAGGGUUUGUUCUGCUCUGGACACGGGUUGUCAAUAAACAGACUUUGCUAACAAG